GUGAAAUAUCCUUUUGUCAAUUGUUCAAAUGCGUGAAUGGAACGCUUCCGUGGUGUGGUACGCAUGCGCACAACGCACGACCUCGAGUGACACGCACAAGAAUUGUGUUUAUCAUCAUCAGGCGUUGCGUCCCUGUUGGCUGAAGUCAGAGCGCUCUAUCCAAGGCUCGACGAAAGGCCAACAUCCGCCGAGUUGUUGGCGCGUCGACGUGACAGGCAGCCAUUGGUCGGCUCGGGUCCCAAAGGUCACGCCGUGCUCUUCUCAAAGCCUUUAACUAGCCGGCGGCGCGCACGCUCGUUCGGAGGGGCGGUCGCGCGUCUCCCGGCUGUAUGUGUGUCCUGCGCUCACUUAGUGCGCUUGUGUCCAGGUUGUUUAUGAUGGAAAAUGUUUCCGUUGGCGCAAUCCUCACUCUCUCUGGUUUGAAUUUCCCAUUUGCAUACCGAAUAAUCCUGUUUGCGCUGGUGUUGCUGUGCUACCUUGUCAUCCUGCUGAGUAAUUUCACCAUUAUUGUUGUCAUCCUUGCUGACAGGAAGCUCCACAAGCCCAUGUAUAUUCUUCUGUGUAACUUGUGCAUCAAUGCCGUGUACGGGUCGGUGGGCCUCUACCCCAAGUUCCUGGUGGACCUCCUUUCGUCUCAUGUGAUUUCUUACGCCGGCUGCAUGUUGCAGGGUUUUGUCAUACACUCAUCAAAUUGCUGCGAUUUUUCCAUUUUAGCGCUGAUGGCUUACGACAGGUACGUGGCUCUGUGCCGGCCUCUGGUUUAUCAGUCUUACAUGACGAGGCAGAGAAUGUCCCUCUUUGUGUUUUUCUCCUGGUUCAUGCCUCUCUUUUGUAUGUUUACGAACACGGCGUCCAUCUUGGGCAAAAAGCUAUGCGGCUCUCACAUCAACAGGCUCUACUGCGUCAACCAGAUGGUGGUCAGCCUCAUUUGCUCACCACCCAGAUCCCACACCGUCAUCACCUGGCUGAACGUUGCCUUUUAUUUUUUUCAUUUCCUGUUUGUUUGUUGGUCUUACGGGUAUCUGAUCAAACUGUGCAUUUCGUCCACGCAGAUGUGGAAGAAGUUCAAGCAGACGUGCAUGCCGCAUGUCAUCUGCCUGGUCAUUUACACCACCACCAUACUGUUGGAUUUGUCGUACAUGAGAUUCGGGUCGACCGACGUGUCGCAACACUUGAACAACUUUAUGGCCAUCGAGUUUCUACUCAUUCCUCCGAUUUUCAAUCCGCUCAUCUACGGGCUGCAGCUGACACUCAUCCGCAAUAGGAUUGUGGGCCUUUUUCACAGCAAAAAGAAGAUCCACAGCUUUUAGAUUGAGAUGAGACUGUGGAUGGUUGUGAAAGAGGCUUUGGUUAUGAUUUCACUUGGAGCCAACGCAGAAUAUCCUUUUCACAUCAUGUAAUUUCCAGGUUCCUUUAAAUAAAGUAGAAUUUA